UCAUAAAGGUUUGCAAUGCAAUUGUUUGAACAUUUAUGAGAGUAUCACUUUUUAAAUCAAGUUCAUUUUCCAGCAGAAUCAGCCACAAAAAAUGUUGAUAUGAUGCAUGAUUACUAUGGUAAAUUUUAUCUUGAAAAAUAAUUACAUUUAACUUGAGUCUCAAUUCUAUUCCCAGUACAGCUUACUUAGAGCACCAGACUGUCAGCUGCUGCUUUCAGUCACAUGCUGUAAGUGUCAUUAUAAAGUAUUGAACUUGAGUUCAUAAAGGGGUGGAGUCAUGGUUUGACAGACAAAAGAAGGAUCCAGUUAAACGUUUGCAAAAUAAGGACAUUGGAAGAACACAUGCACCCUCAGAAGCGUUUCGAAGAUUUCUGUAGACACGGAAGCACAUUUGAAACUAAAGCGCCGAUUGCUCAGGAAAGAAAUUGUUUCAGGAGUCAGAAAAAAAUGCAAAGUUAUGAUGAGGCAACUGCUUUCCUGGGAGAAUGGGGGCCAUACCAGAGGACAAUUUUCGUUUUCCUCAGUCUCACUGUUGUUCCAAAUGGAUACACAGCCCUAACUAUGGUGUUUCUAGCAGAUAUUCCUCAGCACCAUUGCCGUCUGCCUAAUUCUUCAAAUGUGACGAUUGGAGAAACUUCCUAUGUUAACCUAAGUUUGUUGAUACCUGUGGAGGAAGUGGAUGACGAACAAAUGUACAGUAAAUGCACCAGGUACAGGACACAAUUGAAAGACAGUUUAAAUGACACAAUGCCUGAAAUAGAGCCCUGUAUUGAUGGCUGGAUGUAUAACACAGACAGAUAUAUGUCGACAAUAGUCACUGAGUGGGACCUAGUGUGUGACAAUAACUGGAAAGGACCAUUUACCACAUCAAUCUUUUUCCUGGGAGUAUUGUGUGGCUCGAUUAUCUCAGGACAACUUUCAGACAGGUAUGGAAGAAAAGUUGUUCUCUUUGGAGGUAUAGCCUUACAGACAAUCUUAAACUUAAUUCAGCUGGCCUCUCAGAGUUGGGAAAUGUUCUGCGUGCUGCACUUUUUUGUUGGUGUAGGAGAUAUCGCAAGUUACAUAGCCGCUUUUGUUCUCGGAACGGAACUCCUCAGAAAAUCCGAGAGGAUUGCUUACACAGCACUUGGCGUGUGCAUAUUCUAUGCCUUCGGUUACAUGCUUCUGCCACUUUGUGCAUAUUACAUCCGAGAUUGGAGGAUGUUACUGCUCACUUUGACUCUCCCAGAGAUUCUAUAUGUCCCUCUUUGGUGGUAUAUACCUGAAUCUCCUCGAUGGUUGCUAACACAAGGUUAUGUGGAACAAGCUGAAGCUAUAUUGAAAGAUGCUGCUCGGAAAAAUGGCAUUACACAUCCUGGGGUGAUAUUUGAUACAACGUGCCAUAGUACGGAGCCUGUGGAUAGGAAUAGGCAUGAACACAAUUAUUUGGAUCUGAUUAUAACUGCCAACAUAAGGAAUGUGACAAUCCUUUCUUUCUUUAUAUGGAUGAUUAGUAACAUUGGAUACCAUGGACUAUCCCUCAAUACUCCCAAUAUGCAUGGGGAUCCCUACAUCAACUGCUUUAUCUCUGCGGCUAGUGAAAUCUUGGUAUAUGUGAUAGUCUGGUGGCUGAUGCGAGUCUCACCUCGGCGAAUCACCACUGCUUCUAUGUUCAUACUUAGUGGAGGUGUUCUCCUUCUGGUCCAGUUUGUUCCUUCAACUCUUCAAAUUAUGAUCACUGUAUUGUUGAUCAUUUGUAAAUCUGGUGCUACAGCCGUCUAUACAAUCAUCUAUAUUUUCACAUCUGAAUUGUAUCCAACUGUGGUGAGGAAUAUGGGGCUUGGGGCAUGUUCCAUGGCUUCCAGAAUUGGCAGCGUAAUCUCCCCAUAUUUUGCAUACCUUGUUACCUACAGUAAAAUAUUGGCCUUCAUGUUAUUGGGCGGUUUGAUGGUAACUGCUGGAUUAUUAAGCUUGUUGUUGCCUGAAACUCAUGGCCAGCCUCUCUCAGAGACGAUUCACCAAAUGCAACCAAUGAGCUGCUGCUAUGGCUCAGCAAAAGGGCACUGCUGUAAGCUUUCCACCUACCGAACAACUGUACAACAGAACCAUCAACCUCAAGAUGAUAUCACUUCUUCGGCCAUCUUGACAGCUGGACUGUAAUGCAAUCAGGAGUUAAUUCCCCAAAUACAGAUCAACCACAACAUUGCUCUCCAGCUGAGAGAAUGAGGGUGCAUGGAUGUCCCAAACCAUCCCUCUUUCUUAAAAAGAUUGAUUGGAUGCCACUUGUAGCUAUAAGAUAAAAACCUACUGCAACUAUAGGAACACAUUGCCAUUGGAUACUUGUACACCAGGACCUUAAUUCAGUUUAAAAACAUUGCUGCAGAAAGGAAGCGAUCUAUUACACUUUUCAACAACUUACUUGAUUCCUAUAAUUAUCUUCUAACAAACAGUAAUUUUGCUCCAUUUACUCCAUAGACUGGUGUUACUGCAAUAAACCACCUUAUGCCAUCUGAAGUAAAGGCCACCCAAGUAAAUAUAUCAAAAUGAUAAACAGGUGGAAAGGGGAGGGAAAGGUAACAUAAAAGAAAGUCUGUUUCAACUAGUAAUCUUGGUAUUAAAGUGUUCUCUCCUGUC